AUGGGCUGCUCACCAUCCCGAGGUAAUUUUGCCGCUCUUGGUAUAAUGAGGAAGGGGAGAAUGCUACCCCCUGUACCUCCACAAAACCCUGGACCUUCCCAGUUUGAAGACAGAGACAGUCAUAAUUCACCUGGAUCUACAAAUAUGGAUAUAAAGGAGAAAAAGGCAGCUGCACAUAGCCAGGUAUUUCAGAAAGAGACACAAAUGACACCACAAAAAAAGAGAAAUGUUACUGAGCAAGUGAACAUGGAGGCAGUGAGCAUUGAUAAAAUGGAGACUCAAGUAAUGGACAAUAGCACAGCAUCACAGAAAAAAGAGAAAAACACUGAAAAGCAGGAUAUUGCAGACAAAAAGCCAAGAAAACCAAAGAAAAAUGCCAAAGCUGCAAAAGUUCCCAAAAAGAAAGUCAAGGACAAAGAUAAAGACAAAGAUGUGGCAGAUCAAAAAGUGGACUUUCCAGAACCUCUGGUUAAAGCUCACCAAGCUGCUUAUGCCUUUUUGAAUCCAAGCAUUAACAAAUAUGACAUACUUCUUGGACUUUUGGAAGAAACUACCCAGACUCAAGUUUAUGUUCAGCCAAUGGUGGCCUUCAUAGCUUUACGCUACGAGGAAAUUAUUCAAGGAUUGGAAGAGAUGGCAGAUGAGGGGGAAAAAGUUUUGCAAGAAAAUGGAGAAAAUCUUGCUUGGCCAAGCCAAAUGAAAAACCUCUCAUCCUCCACACCUCUGAAGCCUGGCUCUGCUAAUGCUGAUCCCCCACCGGAUUUGUUGCAGCAGCUGCUUCAGUACACCACACAGAGGAUGAGAAGUGUGAGUCGGACCGUUGGUGGAAUUGGGGACUCUGCUUUAGAAGAGGCAGUAGAGUACUUUGCCUCAGUCUCAGAGCUUUUAGAAGAGAAACUGAAAGUCAAGCGUUCCAUAGAGGCUAGAUUAAUGCAACUCAUAACCCGUAUUGAAAUGGCCUCUCUGCGCAAGCCUGGACCAGAAGAUUCUGCUCUGUUUAGUGAGGACAGUGGAAUUGGGGCUGAGAAUGAAUCGCUUGCUGGAUCUGAAAAACAGCAUAGACGAGAAAGCUGUGGGUCCACAGGCACAAAUAGAACCAUUGCCAGUCCUAUGGGAUACACUUCCAUGAACAUUUCAGGACUGUCAAAGCAAAAUCAACGGAGUCAAAUAAGUCCAAGUGUUUCACUCACUUCUUUAAACUCUCUUGGUUCUAUAUGUACCAUAAUGCCUAAUGACCAAAAAGACUCAUUACUGGGAUCAUUCUCUUUAGACGAUGGAGAGGAUGAUGACGAUGAGGAGGAGGUGAAUAAAGGAGUGGGAGAUGUGCAAGUGGCAUUUAGAAUGCAAUCUAAUAGUGAAAAAAAUCCACAUCGCCUACCACCAAAGCGAAUAGAAAAUCCACGAAAUGUUGAAAUGACUCUCAAAAUGAAAAAUGCUAUAAGUGGUCGGAUACAGUUUGUUCCAAAACAGAACUCCAGUGCUAAGGCAAAAGUUGCAGGUAGCCCACAAACUAGCAGACGUGAGUGGACGGAGGAGGAGAUACGAUCUCCAAAGAGACCUCAAACAGCAGCCCCUGUUCGGAGGGCAGUAGUCAAAAAGACCCCAACUAGAGGACAACGUUCCCGUUCAGCAGAAUCCCUGCGGAGCAAAGGGGAAGAUCCUACAUUGCUUGAACUAGAAAGGACACAAAAGGAUUUAAAUCAGAGGUUGCAGAAAUUGAGUAAAAGCAAGGUGGGAGGAAACUCUAAAACGGCUCCACUAAAUAACGCUAACACAAUUAAACUAACUCAAAGAAACUCACCAGCACAAUCUCCAGCAACAACUCGCAAAAAUUCAUUAUUAGAUAAGGACAGUAAUCCCAAAUCACAUAAAGACAAAAUAAGCCUAAAGUGCACCAAUAAAAAAGAAGAGCAGACCAAUGAAGUGGAAGAAGAUAAACAGAAAGGUGAGCAACCAUCCAAGUUUCCCAUAAAAGCCACCCCACCUCCCAGCCCUCCUUUAUCACCACGGCCUUCCCCUGGCUUCCACAGAGGCAGGAACUCUGUCAGAAAACUGAUUGACACCUUCAGUCAAGGCAUAGAGGAAACAGAAGAUCCUAAAGUUCUUGGGCCUCUAAAAGGUGUCCGCAGGUGUGGUGUUCCAGUCUUGCCUGGUUUAGGAAAUGUGGAAGCUGUGCUCAGUUCUGGGAUAACUAGCUGUAGGCCGGAACCCGCAAUAUCAGAGAAAACUGAUUACUUAGAUCUGGAUAAUCUUCCUCCACCCCCACUGGAAGUAUUAAUGGACAAGUCAUUCGAAAGUGCACAGAGUGGAUCCAAUACAACAGGAGAUGGGGUUACAAAAGUAGGAAAGUCACCUGUGUUGAAAAGGGCUGGAGUAUCACAACGACUUAAAGCCUCAGUUCAGUCUGUUACGGUGCUACCAAGUAAAGGAGGCCUGCCACUAUCCGCCAAGGUUAUUUCUCCAGCCAAAGUAGAUAAACAAGAAACAACUGUUUUGUCAAAAGUCAGCCAACCAGAUGUUCAGCCAAGGAUAGAUCAAGGAGUGGAAUCAGAUUCUUUAUACCAGCAAGCAAGAAACAUCAUACACCUAAAACAAUCUUCAGAGUCUAAUUCAGGGAAAUCAUCAACAAAUUGCUUAUUAACAUCUAACAGUCAACAUGAAUUAGAAAAUCAACAGCAAAGUGGUAACCUUUCAGUGCCUGGACCUAAUAGCACAACAUCUAUAGUGCCUUCUCCUGUAGCCACAACCCAACCGCCUGCUACCCCACCUGUCUCUAGAGGACGAAUGUUACCUUCCACACCCUCUACCCCAAGCACCUUACAUGGAAGACUUCCCAGUCCCCACUGUUUAAAAAAGCAACCUUCACCCCCCUUGACAGCCAGCCCUCCUGUUCACAGAGCACUCCCAGCACCACCAGCUGUUCACCGGAGACUACCCAGUCCACCUGUUGGAAAGCAGAAUGUUUUAAACUCAAACACAGCCCCUUCAUAUCCUUUUAAAGCCCCAUCGCCACCAGCAUCACCGAAAGUUCAAAGAUUGUCAAGGGAGAACAGCAGUGAAGACUCAUCCAGUGCUCGGAUGUUCAGCAAUGCCCGUUCAGUCUUCUGCCCUGUGUCUCCAUCCAUGUUUGAGGCCAAGCCCUGUGCAGUUCCCAAACCACCUCAAGCAUGGACUUCUACCAGAGUCUCCUUUAUCUCAAGUACCUGGGGGAAUCGAGGAAGGUUUCCUGUAUCUGUUCAAGGACCUCGACCCUUUGUCAGACGUAGCCAAUCAGACCGAAGGCCAAGUUUAAGUCUGCCACCACGCUCUCAAGGUAUCUCAGUGGCUGAGACUUGUGGGAGUGAGCCAGCAAUAUGCUGCCAAGGGCUAGAUGAUGAACCAAUCAGAGACGGUGACUUAUGGGGUAGCCAAUCAGAGCUCAGAGCUACACCACGCUCUGCAUCACACCCGGACUUGUGUAUUGUUGGACAGGCCUUGCACAGGGACUAAUGAGGCCAACACAAGGCUACUGGGAUUAUGGAUUAGCAGGCUUUACUGAGGAUUUAAGCUGAUAUUGUUUAUUCCAAAGGGAAGUGAAGAGGAGCUAAUUCUAUCCACUCAGC